AUGUCUGGAAAAAUCGAAGAAGAAAUUUCCAAAUUGGAUUUUUCUGAAUACAAAAGAAUUGAGCUAUCCAAGCUGACAAAGGAAAAUAUUGGGCAGAAGAUCCGAACCUUUGGAUGGGUUACAAAUGUAAGAUCACAAUCCUCAAUAACGUUCAUUGAUUUGUAUGCCCACUAUAAGACAGUAAAGUGUGUUUACCCGAAAAAGAUGCAUUUGACCAUGUGCACUUCCAUGACUAUUUAUGGUACUGUGGCGGAGAACUUUGGGAAAAAGGAUGCUUACGAGUUUGAAAUACAGGUUGAGAAGGUUGAAAUAUACAACGAUGCUAUAGCACCAUCUUUCCCACUGAAUGAGGAAUCUUCGGUAAACGCUAUACUCACAAACGCCCACCUGGCCCUCCGAACAAAGAAGCGCCAACUGUUCCUUAAGGCUCGAGGAUAUCUUCUGAAGAUCAUACGGGAUUUCUAUUUUGCCAAGGAGUAUACGGAGAUUACACCUCCCACAAUGGUCCAAACACAAGUAGAAGGAGGAAGCACUCUUUUUAAGCUGGACUACUAUGGUGAAGAUGCUUACCUGACUCAAUCUUCGCAACUUUAUCUUGAAACUGUAGUGCCGGUUUCACACCGUGCAUAUUGUAUCAUGCCGUCUUACCGAGCAGAGAAGAGCAGAACAAGAAGGCAUUUAAGUGAGUAUACUCAUGUCGAGGCAGAACUUGCAGAUAUCGAUUUCAGUGAACUUAUGUCAUCCAUCGAGUCUCUUAUUUCGUAUUCGAUGGAGAAGUUCUAUGAAGGAAUGAAAGACGAUAUUUUGAGUUUAUAUCCAAAAUUCGAAUUUCACAAGAUUCCAAAAACUCCGUUUAAGAAGAUCAAGUAUUCUGAGGCUAUAGACUUUCUAAAUAGUAAAGGCUAUAAAAAAGAAGAUGGAACGGACUUUGAAAUUGGAGAUGAUAUUCCCGAUGCAGCAGAGAGGUAUAUUGUUGAGGCCAUAGGAGAUGGGUGUCCUGUGUUUCUAACAAAUUUCCUUGUGGAACAGAAGCCUUUCUAUAUGAGAAAGGACAAAGGAAACAAGGAUUGGACAGAAAGUGUUGAUCUCUUGUUCCCAGGAAUUGGGGAAAUUCUCGGGGGCUCUAUGAGGCAAGACAUUUAUGAAGAUCUAAUCGAGGGAUUUAAGAGAGAGGACAUUAACAUUGAUCCAUACUAUUGGUACCUUGACAUGGCAAGGUUUGGCCCAUGUAAACAUGGAGGCUACGGUCUUGGGUUUGAAAGGUUCUUGAUGGGUCUUAUGAGGUAUGAGAAUGUUGACGAAGCCACACUCUAUCCAAGAAAAGUUUCAAGGUGCCAGCCCUAA